UCAGGCACUCCUCCUUAAACAAGAGCUACAAGCAAUGCAUAUAUUCUUUUUCUCUACAUAACUUGUUAUUGUGAUCCUCCUAAAUCUUAUAUGCCACAUACAUAUAUAGGUAUGCUCAUCUCCCUUGAUCUCAUCUCUCAAAAAACUCUUGGAAAAUGGAUUUAAACCCCAAAGAUCCCAUUUUCACCAGUCAACAAACAGACUCUAGCUUCAUACUCACAUCCCACCUUCAAGAGUAUGGAAGGAGGAACAUAAACAUUGAGAUAAAUGAGGAUGGGAGUAUAAUCACAAUAAGUGGUGAACAAGCGGAAAAGAUGAAAGGAUUUCGCAGAACCUUUAGAAUCCCAGAGGGAGUGGUUCUAGAUAAAGUCAAGGCUAGGUUUGACCAAGAUGUGUCAAGACUCACUAUUAAGAUGCCAAAAUUAGUAAAGGGGCUCAUGGGGACCGGGAUUCAGGGAUUGGAAGACACUGGCAAAGGAGACACAUCAAAGCAAGAAAGCCAUCAAGAAAUACAAGAGGGACAUGUCAUGUCCAAUGGAACAAAAGACCAGCAACAUAAGAUAACCCAGUCUGAAGACCAAGAAUCUGUCUAUGAUAAAGAUAAACAAGUGGCGAAAAUUGAAGAACAGAAUGCCACUCAUGAAGCAAAACCGUAUCAACAGAGUUCGACUAAUAUCUCUAUUCCUAUCCUAGCCGGAUCAUCAGCGUUAUUUGUUUCUCUUAUUGUCAUAGCUUUUAAUUUCUUUCGAUCAAGGCAUGAAUCAAACCAAAAGAGGCAUUAGCUCAAACGUAGCCUAGCUUAUGUCCAAUAUUCUAUUUAUUUGUUUACAUGGUUUUGUGAAAUAACCUGUUUUAAGUAAACGUUGAAUAUUAAUUUGAUCGCUCUAGAAUGACAUGAUAAAACUUCAAAUAAUGUAUGGGUUGUUACUUGUUU